AUUCCCUUCAUAGAUCGAUGUCAGAACAACUUAAAAUCAGAAGGAACUAAAUUAGCAGGGAGUAGAAAAGGGUAUCGUUAUAAAUAUUGGUUUUCACUGGGGAAGGAAAUUCCAAAACCCAAAUGCAAAUUUACAACAAAAUUUCAGAAACCCUUUUCGAGACAAAAGACAUGCAAUCCACCGCGUCAACAAGGAGCGAAGCCAAUCCCGCACCACCCGUGUGGUUUUCGCUCUUGAUUUAGACUUUCUUUCUCCUUCUCCGCCAGAAAAAGAAAAUUAUUAUUAAGUUAAAAGACAAAAGAUUCAGAGAGCUAAGAAUAGGGGUUUUAUCACCCGGGCAGUACGUACAACGGUACAGGGGCAAAUAGGAAGUCAAGAUCUCCUCCCUCGAGUCUGCCUUCCAAGUUUCAUUCUCUCUCCUCCCUCUCCUCCUCUCCAAAUUUCACCCCCACCCGUGCAUGUGAUAUUUUUCGUUCUCCUUCUCCUGAAUCUCUGCCGUGCAGUUGCUAUUCGGUGGAGAGUCUUCAAAGAGAGAAUUUUGGGUUAAAGAUUGAUUCGUUAUUUCUGUCUUUCUGCGCAAUUUCUCAUAAAUUGGAUGCGGGUUGCUAUAACUAACAAAAUGGACAAGUCCAUAGUUUACCAGGUCCUGAGGCUUUGACCGCCAGAAUGGUGGAUGAGUCCGUUGUGAAGGAUAAUGAAGUUGGUGUAAGUAACAAAAUGAAGGCUGUAUUUUAUGACAAGUGUGGAGGCCCUGAAGUAAUAACCCUUAGAGAGGUGGAUGCCCCCAUAGUGGGGGAUUAUGAAGUAUUGAUCCAGGUUGCUGCCACCACCUUCAACAGGAUGGAUCUUUGGCCACGAUUAGACGAAAAUGAUGAAAAUGAUGCCUCAAAGAAAUAUCCUAUCGGCAUGGAAUGCUCUGGGAAAAUAUUGAGAACCGGGAAAUUUGUGGCCGGAUGGAAGCAGGGUGAUGAGGUUUGUGCUCUCCUUCAGGGAGGAGGAUGUGCUGAUUUAGUGGCUGUACCUGCAUAUCAUAUCAUUUCACCUCCAAAAAAGUUGGAUUUAGCUUCUGCUGCUGCCUUGCCGCGUGCAGCAUGUCUCAUUUGGCAUUGUUUUUUUCUCAUGAACAAGCUUACCAAUGGUCAAAAAGUUUUGAUACAUGGAGGAGCAGGGGGAGUUGGAACAUUGGCGAUUCAGAUUGCGAAGCACUAUGGCUGUCAAGUAUUUGCAACCGCAGGAAGCAAGGAAAGGGUUGAACUUUGUGCAGCAUUAGGAGCUGAUGUUUGCAUUAACCACAAGGAGGAGGAUUUCUCUCAACGUGUAAAAGCUGAAACUAAUGGGGCUGGGGUCAACUACAUACUUGAUUGUGUUGGAGUGAACUUUUUGAACCAGAAUAUCAAAAGCCUCGCGUACCGUGGCAAGUUGAUAAUAAUUGGAUUUGAAGAUCCAUGGGGAUUCGUAAAUUUCAACAGCAAGGCGCUUGAGGAUAUGGAACUUGAAAUUAUGGGUGCAGACUUAAAUACUUUACAUUUGGUUGAAAAAGCAAGGCUACUUCUGCUAGUCAAGAAGAACAUAUGGCCAUUAGUUGAAGUAGGUUCAAUCAAACCGAUAAUUGGCAGGACUUACACGUUCGACAAAGCUGAUGAUGCACAUAGGUUGAUCGAAAAACAUGGCAAUCUAGGAAAGAUCCUGCUAAUUCCUGAUAACACCUAGUUUUCUUUCUACUUGUAAAGAUCCCAUAUUUAUGGUGAAUUGUGGUGGCUUUUGUAGUUUAUGUUCGCGGUGUUU